AUGUCCUUGCCCCUUACAGAGGAGCAGAGGAAAAAGAUUGAAGAGAAUCGACAAAAGGCUCUGGCUCGUAGAGCUGAGAAAUUAGCAGAACAGCAUCAGAGCACAGACAACUCUGCCCAAUCCAAGCAGGGCCCGUCCCAAAACCUGCCAAGGGGCUCUGCUAAGCCAGUUACCCGGGAUGACAUUUUCAGGCAAAAGAAUCCCACUCAUUCAUUGAAUAGUGACGAGAGACUUCACAAUUCCUGCGAAUGUUAUCCAAACACACCAAAGCCAGCAAAAGGGAUAUGGAAGAGUCCAGAAAAGCCCACAGCCUGCCCAAGCUACAGGCCACCCAGUCACUUGACUCUCACUGGGGGUACCCUUCCCCAGGCACAAAAUCCUCCAGAGGUCCCCAGCCAACAUCACUUGGAUUCUGGGUUAGGUGAAAGUUCUGCUCAGGCUUCCCAGGAGACCAAAUCAACACCCUCUGCUAAUACAACUCAGGAACUUUCGGCUAACCCAGUGAGUUCCCAGCAGACCCCAGCUUCUUCCCUUGGACAGCCCCCUAGGGAUCCUAAAUUACUGGCUGAGAGAGUGAGACCCUUCACCUCAGGGCAGACCAUUUCUGAUGCCUUUUAUGGCUCAGGGACUGUGACCUCCAGGACAGAAAGCAGACUCCAGCAGAAUCUGGGUUCCUCACUCCAGAAAGAAGGAAGCUCCCAGCAGGGCACAUGUGUGCAGAAAGGAGACCGUUUCCAGGUGAAGAUCGGGUACAAUGCAAAGCUGCUGGCUGUGUUUAAGAGUCUGCCUAGCAGAAAUUAUGAUCCUGCCACUAAGACGUGGGACUUCAGCAUGACUGACUACCAUGCCCUGAUGAAAGCAGUCGAGCUCCUCCCCAAGGUCACCCUGCAGCCCUUGGAAGAGGCCAGCAGCAGUAGGGACUUGGCCUCCACCAGCAGUAGGGGACAUGCCAGCCUCCCUCUCGCCCCAUCCCUUGCCUUUGUCACAGGACGAUGCAUGCUCCUCAGCCGGGCCCGCUUUGAGGCUGACAUCGGUUAUUCUGAAGAACUGAUUGCACUGUUUCAACAGAUGGAUUCCAAGAAUUAUGAUGUCAAGACCAGGAAGUGGAACUUUCUCUUGGAAGAGCACAACAAACUAAUUGAGAAGGCGCGCCUCCUCCCGCAAGUUCGGCUGGAUCCUCUGCCCAAGACAAUCAUCCAGGCUUUUGCCUCUCAACUAGAGAAGACGUCUCGAAACCUCACAGCAGAUGCCCCCGAGGCAGACCUUUCUGGAGUGGACUCCAAGCUUGUGUCCAGCCUGAUGCCCUUUCAGAAAGCUGGUGUCAACUUUGCCAUAGCCAGAAGAGGCCGCCUGCUGCUUGCUGAUGACAUGGGACUGGGGAAGACCAUCCAAGCCAUCUGCAUCGCCGCCUUCUACCGAAAGGAGUGGCCACUCCUGGUGGUGGUGCCUUCGUCUGUGCGCUUCACCUGGGAGCAGGCCUUCCUCCGGUGGCUGCCAUCCCUGAGCCCUGACCGCAUCAAUGUCGUGGUGACCGGGAAAGACUGCUUGACAGCUGGCUUGGUCAACAUUGUCAGUUUUGACCUUCUUAGCAAGUUGGAAAAACAGAUAAAAACUCCUUUUAAAGUUGUCAUUAUUGAUGAAUCACAUUUCCUCAAAAACAUUAAGACUGCCCGCUGUCGCGCAGCUAUGCCCAUCCUAAAGGUUGCCAAGAGGGCCAUCCUGCUGUCUGGCACACCGGCCAUGUCCCGGCCCGCAGAGCUCUACACUCAGAUCAUCGGGGUCAAGCCGACUUUCUUCCCUCAGUUCCAUGCCUUCGGACUUCGCUACUGUGAUGCCAAACGGCUGCCCUGGGGAUGGGACUAUUCAGGCUCCUCCAACCUCAGCGAGCUGAAGCUCCUGCUGGAAGAAGCAGUCAUGCUGCGGCGCCUCAAAUCGGACGUCCUUUCCCAGCUCCCCGCCAAACAGCGCAAGAUGGUGGUGGUUGUCCCAGGACGCAUCAGUGCCAGGGCCAGAGCCGCCCUGGAUGCCGCCGCCAAGGAGAUGACCACUAAAGAUGAAACCAAGCAGCAGCAGAAAGAAGCCCUCCUUCUCUUCUUCAACAGAACAGCUGAGGCCAAAAUCCCAUCUGUCAUUGAAUAUAUCCUGGACUUACUGGAAAGUGGAAAAGAGAAGUUUCUAGUGUUUGCGCACCAUAAAGUGGUUUUGGAUGCAAUUACUAACGAGCUGGAGAAAAAGCACGUGCAGCACAUCCGCAUCGACGGCUCCACCUCCUCUGCAGACCGAGAGGACCUGUGCCGCCAGUUCCAGCUGUCUGAGAGGCCCGCCGUGGCGGUGCUGUCCAUCACUGCCGCCAACAUGGGCCUCACCUUCUCCACCGCAGACUUGGUGGUUUUUGCCGAGCUCUUCUGGAACCCAGGGGUGCUGAUGCAGGCUGAGGACCGGGUGCACCGCAUUGGACAGACCAAUUCCGUGGGCAUUCACUACCUCGUGGCAAGAGGCACAGCGGAUGACUACCUCUGGCCCCUGAUUCAAGAGAAGAUUCAAGUUCUGAGUGAAGCCGGGCUUUCUGAGACCCAUUUUUCAGAAAUGACAGAAGCCACUGAUUACUUCGACAAGGACCCAAAGCAGCAGAAGAUCUAUGAAUUCUUCCAGAAGUCCUUUGAGGAAGAUGUAAGUGAUAUGGAGCUCCUAGAGGCACUGGAGUCCUUUGACCCAGGAAGUGCUUCAGGGACAUCUGGAAGUAGUUCCCAGGACCUAGGAGACUCCCUGGAUGAGAGCGAGAGUAUUUUCACAACUAAGAAAAGGAGAUUUGAAUUUUUUGAUAACUGGGACAGCUUUACUUCUCCCCUGUAAGAGG